AUUUUACUUAUAGUUAUUAUACCUGUUCCAAUCCAAACAUUUAUUGUGAUGGUACGGCAAUCAGGUUACCAAAUGGGCACAAUACAACAAUUGAAACCUCAUCGGCAUAAACCGUAUGGACCGGACUUGGCUGGAUUCCAGUUAAAACAAACGUUUAGGAAUGCACUAGUUGACAGAUCAAAAACUGAGACCACUCCAGUUACACACGGUUCGGUCAAAAUAUUUUUCGGUUGUUUAACGCGCUCCCGUCUGUGUCUAAUAGUUGUGUUCGUGUUAUAAAUUAUAAUCAUAGUUUAAGAUUAGUAUAAUAUCAUGUUCUGUGAUAAUAUUUUACAUGAUAACAGUUUUAUUAUGGACAUAAUCAACCCAACAGGAAUCCGAAUCGCGGAUUUCUGAUUUUUUUUUAAUAAUUACAAUAUGUUACGUAAAGUGACACAAAAAUCAUGUAGUAGUGAUUAUAUUUUUAUUCUAUAGUAGUGAUACUCUGUUGCAGUACCUAUCAUAUCGUUUAAUUGUGUUCGGUGUCAGUUUAUUAUUAUUUAUUAUCAUUAAUAAACGCGAAUUAUUCGCGGACGGUUAAACGCAAUAAUAUUGUAAAAUGUCGUUCGACGAGGGAGUCCAAGCGACUAACUGUGAUGCGACCAAGUGCAAAUAUUCGGCCGUGAAGAUGGGCUACUGGAAAGACGAUUACAUAAAAUAUUUCGUUACCGGCUACGAACGGAAAACACCGGAGAUCAACCGAGGGUAUUAUGCCCGUACACAAGGCGUAGCUCUAUUUAUAGACAAGUUUCUCAAGGUGCACGAUCGUUUUGACCGGUCAUAGUGUUCGCCGGUUGUUUGUACAUUUGUUGAACUGUUUAAUUUUUUUUAGAAAACCGGAUCAAACUGCCAGAUCAUUAACCUUGGCGCCGGGUUUGACACACUAUACUGGAGACUAAAAGACAGUGGAAUAAGUAUAAACAACUACGUAGAAGUAGACUUUGCUUCAGUUACAUCCAAAAAAUGUUUUUUAAUCAAGAAAAGUAAAAUUUUAUUAGAUGCCAUUAGCUCACAAGGUACGUGAUUGGUGGUUAGAUUAUUCAUUCUAUGUGCAUUUGUAAAUAUUAUUAUUUUUUCUUAAGUAAGUGAAGUCAGAAUUGUUGGAUCAGAGUUACAUGCUUACAAUUAUCAUAUAAUUGGUACAGAUCUGAGAAAUCUUUCAGAACUGGAAAAGAAAUUAUGUCAAGUCGGAAUAAAUUUUGAUGUGCCCACAAUGUUUUUGACCGAAUGCGUACUUGUCUAUAUGGAACCAGAAUGUUCAUCAAUGUUGUUACAAUGGAUUGCUAACAAGUUCAGCGAUAUUUUUUAUGUUAAUUACGAACCAGUAUGUUAUUGAAAAGCUACAUGAGAAAAUAUAUGUUGUAUAUAAUUUUGUAUCAUGUAGGUAAAUAUGAAUGAUAAUUUUGCACGUAUUAUGCUUGAUAACUUACGCAGCAGAGGAUGUCAGUUUGCCGGUGUCGACGCCUGCUUCAGUACUCAAACACAAAUGGACAGGUUUGAUAAUCAAACAAUUAUUACUAUAGCAGUGUUAUAAUUAAUACAUAUUAUUUAAAUUUCAAUAGAUUUGUUAGAGUUGGAUGGGAUAGUGCACGUAGUUGGAAUAUGACAAAUAUAUAUGAAUACUUACCUGAAGAUGAUAGAUAUCGUAUGGAAAGAUUAGAAAUGCUUGACGAACUGGAACUACUUCAACAGCUGUUAACACACUAUUGUAUUACGAUAGCAUGGAAAGGAGGUACCAUGGCAGACGUUGAUCACUUAUAGCAAUUACAGCGGCAGGUCAUAGACGAAAUUGUUCAUAACCUGCAUAUUUGAUGUUAAACAAGUUUAUGUCCGUCCAAAUUUGGUUCGUUUUAUUUAAAUCUCCUAUCAAGUAUACUGUUUUUAAAAUUUCUUUUUAUUAAUUAUUGUAUGUACUGAUUAGAAUAAUAAUUGUUACUGUCUAAGUUCUUGGAAAUGUUAAAAUUGAUAAUGGUUUGAACUUAAUACAAUAAUAACUUGAUCGUAACUUUACUUACCUUAUAAUAACAGUCGUUCGACUACCACUUGUAAUUUCUGUAAUUAUAAAUUCAACGCAGGUUGAUAGAAUGCUAAAAAGAAUUCUGUUAAUCACAAAGUUCUUCUCUAUGUACUGCUAUCUUCUGGAUUUGGUGACCCUCUUCUAAUAUGGUUUGAAUCUUUUUUAAUGUACUGGCUUCAGUGGGGAAAGCUUUUUUAUAUGCAGUCUAAUCCCUUUAUUACUACUUCUAAAGUGUCAUAGAGAGAGGUCAGCUGCCCCCUCUGUACUGCUAUCUUCUGAUUUUCUAUCAUUCAUUCUCUCUGUUUUUUUGUAAAUUGCACAAAAUCUAUGCUUUAACUCAAGAAAUUAUAUAUGAGAGUGAACUUCUUAGAAUAUUUUUCUUUCUUCUAAACGAUCUUUAUAAAUUUGUCAGAUAGGGUGAAAUACUUGGCUAGACACUUGAUUUUAAUAACUGCUGUUCUAUGUUCUUCACCAGUAGUCUGGUCUCCAAUAGUUUUCACUUACGUCAAGUAUGAAAUAGUAAUAGAUUAUUGGGAUUCAUUAGAAGAGAAUUUCAAUUGAAUUUGAGUUGGCCAAUUCACUUAAAUCCUUAUAUUAUACUGAUUUUUUUUAGACUGACUUUUGAAUAUAGUUCUAUGGUUUAGAAUCCUUAUUGCGCGGAUUCAAGUUGUUAACUGGAAAGCAUUCUAAGAAAGUUCUUCAACUAUACAAGUUACACCUUACAAAUCCUUUGCCCUCCUCAUGAUUAUUCUCCCAAUCCUCAUUAAUCUCAAAUCAUAUUCCUUAGCAGACUAUCAAUACUCUCAUAACUUAUCAAUUAUCAUUCCUCACAAAUCGUAUUCUUUCUAGUAUUGAUUCGCUUGUUAAUUUCACUUCAUACGCACCGUAAAACUCUUUCACAUUCUUCUGCUCAACCAAUAAAAUGUCAAAUGAGGAUCCUUCUUUCCGCAAUUUAUAAAUCUUGUACAUAAUGGCUCUUUACACAAGUAUUAAUUGUUGUUAAUUAUUGCCUAUGUACUUGUUGAUAGGGCAUAAGCCCGUUUUAUAUAUAAAUAAAAAAAAUUAAAUAAAUUUAUGUAGUUAACAAAUUAUAACUAGUACCAUAACUGUUUAUACAUAUCUAAUAAGCCUGUAUAUUUUUAAAAAAGGUGACCUAAGUCAGAAAUGUAUUCACAUAAUUGUUAGAGAUGUUAUGAACCCUGAUUUUUAAGGUCGAAAUGAACCAAAUUUUCUUUAAAAUAUGUUAUCAAACUUGACCAUUACUAAGUGAAAAGGUUAAGUUAGGUGAAAAACCUAGGUUCUCAAACUGUCCGGCUUUGUGAUUUACGAUUAUGAGAUCCACUAAUGCGAAAAAAAUAAAAAUUUUCUUUUUUGUAACAAGGCCGUUCUGUCCCAUCACAGAACAUCUUAUUGGUUGCCACAUAGAAUAGUCAUCAAAUGAUUUUAAAAUUGAACUAUUAGGUAUUUCGAUUUGGUUAAAAAAUCAAACAGUUCGUCACAUCUCUAAUAAUAAUUAAUAAUAAUAUAAUAUAUUGGCCAUAUUUUCUCAUUAUGUUUACUUAUUAUUGGGGCUCAAGUUUUAUUGAUUUAGCAACGUUUUGUUAGAAAAUGAAAUUCACUACAGUAAGAUUAUCAAAUUUACAUUAAAAAUAGAAUAAAAUGUUGGUAUUAUUUGUUGAUGUAUAUUUAUUUUUUUUUAUAGAUAUUUAGUUUUUAGUAAAAUUGUAUUUAUAUUUUUUUAAGAAGGCAGGUAAAUUUUUAUUUUAUAUGUUGAAUAAAUAUUUCAUAACAGCUUGCAUCUCACUAAUGUAAAUUUAAGCCCAACUAUAUUAUUGUAGUCCUUAUUACACUUGGGUGUUUAAAUUUUAAUUGCAUUGUAUUUUUAUUUUUACUGGAUUUUUAUUGUAAUUUAAAGAUAUUUUAAGAGCAAUAGUGCAAUCAAUCAUUUUUGAGCCCUACUUAUUACUAUUUAAUUUUAAUUAUUCCUCCGUGUAAAUUUAUAAAUUAUUAUUCUACCAAAUAUAAAUACGAAUAAUGUUACAUUUUACUACAUUAAUUAUCCUUAUGUUUGUAUAGACUGAAUUAAAUAUAUUUAACCAUAAUGUUUAAGAUUUCAGUAAUUGUAAACUAGAUUUUGAUUAAUUUAUGUCUGUG